AUGGAGGGAGGCACAGAUGUUUACUUACACCACAAAAGUCUUCUCAAGGAACUUAAUCUUUUGAAGAUCCAGGAAGAGUAUAUCAAAGAUGAGCAACGCCACCUUAAGCGCGAGUUGAUCCGUGCACAAGAAGAGGUCAAACGAAUCAAGUCCGUGCCGUUGGUGAUUGGUCAAUUCUUGGAACCUAUAGAUGAGAGCACUGGUAUUGUUUCUUCAACAACGGGAUCUAAUUAUGUUGUGCGUAUAUUAUCUACAUUGGACCGUGAAUUGCUUAAACAAUCUUCGUCGGUGGCAUUGCACCGUCACUCCAAUGCUCUAGUUGAUAUUCUUCCACCAGAGGCAGAUUCAUCGAUUUCGAUUGUGGGUGAUAAUGAGAAACCUGAUGUGACAUAUGCAGAUAUUGGUGGGCUAGACAUGCAGAAGCAAGAGAUUAUUGAGUCUGUUGAGUUGCCAUUGGAGCAAUCUCAUUUAUAUAGUCAAAUUGGAAUUGAUCCACCAAGAGGUGUCUUGUUGUAUGGUCCACCGGGUACUGGUAAAACGAUGUUGGUGAAGGCAGUGGCGAAUGCAACCAAGGCAUCAUUCAUAAGGAUCAAUGGUUCAGAGUUUGUACAGAAAUAUCUUGGUGAAGGUCCAAGGAUGGUGAGAGAUGUGUUUAGGUUGGCAAGGGAGAAUUCGCCAGCAAUUAUAUUUAUUGAUGAAAUUGAUGCUAUUGCCACGAAGAGAUUUGACGCUCAAACUGGUGCUGAUCGUGAAGUGCAGAGAAUCUUGUUGGAAUUGUUGAAUCAGAUGGAUGGGUUUGACCAGACGUCGAAUGUCAAAGUGAUUAUGGCUACAAAUAGAGCUGACACUUUGGACCCUGCAUUAUUGAGACCAGGUAGAUUGGACAGAAAGAUUGAAUUCCCAAACUUAAAGGAUAGAAGAGAACGGAGGUUGAUUUUUACAACCAUUGCAUCCAAGAUGUCGCUUGCACCUGAAGUCGACUUGGACUCGUUGAUUAUAAGAAACGAUCCAUUGUCUGGUGCAGUGAUUGCCGCUAUAAUGCAAGAAGCCGGAUUGCGAGCUGUGAGGAAGAACAGAUAUAUGAUUCUACAAAAUGAUUUGGAGGAAGCAUACAGUUCACAAGUCAAGACAGGAACUGAACACGAUAAAUUUGAAUUCUAUAAAUAG